AUGGGAUACGUAUUGCUGUAUGAACUUUAUCAAACAGAGGGGCUGCAGCACCUCUCCACCAAGAACAGCACCUCUCCACCAAGAACAGCACCUCUCCACCAAGAACAGCACUUCUCCACCAAGAACAGCACCUCUCUACCAGGAACAGCACUUCUCCACCAAGAACAGCACCUCUCCACCAAGAACAGCACCUCUCUACCAGGAACAGCACUUCUCCACCAAGAACAUCACCUCUCCACCAAGAACAUCACCUCUCCACCGAGAACAGCACCUCUCCACCAAGAACAUCACCUCUCUACCAGGAACAGCACUUCUCCACCAAGAACAGCACUUCUCCACCAAGAACAGCACCUCUCCACCAAGAACAGCACCUCUCUACCAGGAACAGCACUUCUCCACCAAGAACAGCACCUCUCCACCAAGAACAGCACCUCUCCACCGAGAACAGCACCUCUCCACCAAGAACAGCACUUCUCCACCAAGAACAUCACCUCUCCACCAAGAACAGCACCUCUCCACCAAGAACAGCACCUCUCCACCAAGAACAGCACCUCUCCACCGAGAACAGCGCCUCUCUACCAGGAACAGCACUUCUCCACCAAGAACAGCACCUCUCUACCAAGAACAUCACAUCUCCACCAAGAACAGCACUUCUCCACCAAGAACAGCACCUCUCCACCAAGAACAGCACCUCUCCACCGAGAACAGCGCCUCUCCACCAAGAACAGCACCUCUCCACCGAGAACAGCACUUCUCCACCAAGAACAGCACCUCUCCACCAAGACCAGCACUUCUCCACCAAGAACAGCACCUCUCCAACGAGAACACCACCUAUCCACUAAGAACAUCACCUCUCCACCAAGAACAGCACUUCUCCGCCAAGAACAGCACCUCUCCACCAAGAACAGCAUUUCACCACCAAGAACAGCACUUCCCCACCUAGAACAUCACCUAUCCACCGAGAACACCACCUCUCCACCAAGAACAGCACCUCUCCACCAAGAACACCACCUAUCCACAAAGAACAUCACAUCUCCACCAAGAACAGCACUUCUCCACCAAGAACAGCACCUCUCCACCAAGAACAGCACUUCUCCGCCAAGAACAGCACCUCUCCACCAAGAACAGCAUUUCACCACCAAGAACAUCACCUAUCCACCGGGAACACCACCUCUCCACCAAGAACAGCACCUCUCCACCAAGAACAGCACCUCUCUACCAAGAACAGCACUUCUCCACCCAGAACAGCACUUCUCCACCGAGAACAGCACCUCUCCACCAAGAACAGCACAUAUCCACCAAGAACAGCACCUCCCCACCAAGAACAGCAAUUCUACACCAAGAUGUUGA